AUGUCCGUCAAGACAGUUGCAGUAGUCGGUGCAUCCGGCCUCGUCGGCCUGCGCGUCGUCAACGCACUCCAGCAAAAAGGCUUCCAAGUCACAGCCAUCUCCCGCGAGGCCUCAACCGCCACGUUCCCGUCCGGCGUCGCCGUUCGCAAGGCUGACCUCUCGUCUGUCGAGUCGCUCACUUCCGCCUUUGCCGGCCAGGACGUGGUCAUCUCUGCAAUUUCCACCGUGGCCGUCAUCGUCCCCGGCUCGCAGAACCCGCUCAUUGAUGCGGCGAUUGCGGCUGGCGUGAAGCGCUUCAUCCCGUCCGAGUACGGCCUCAACACCCGCACCUUGGAGGGCGAGAUCCUCGGCGACUGGUUGAAGUCUAAGACGGCCGCUGUCGACUACUUGAUCAAGAAGGCGGAAGCGAAUCCCGGCUUCACGUGGACUGGUAUUGGAACGAGUCUCUUCUUCGACUGGAGUAUCACGCGAGGAAUCUACGGCAUCUCGCUCGAGAGCAAGAGUAUUACCAUCUUUGACUCUGGAAACCAAAAGGUUUCGACGACGUCACUGGCUUUCUUGGCCGAAGGCAUCGUCGCGGUGCUGCGACACCCUGCCGAAACCGCCAACAAGUACAUCAACAUUGUCGAGUUUGAAGUUACACAAAACGAGCUCCACAAAUUGUUUGAGGAGGAGACGGGGUCAAAGUUUACAGUCGAGCACAAGACUGCCGACGAAGCCGAGAAGGAGGGCAAGGAGAAGCUGGCGGCUGGUGGAAGAUUCCCCUUUGAGGAGUUUUUGCAAAAAUACUGGUUCGGAGACGUACCUGGGCAUGCUAUCAAGGAGGAAGAUAAGUCCAACAAGAUUCUGGAGCUUCCGUCAAGUGACCUGCGGGAGGUUGUUAGGGGCUACAUAAAGGAGCACAGCACAUAG